AUGUUCCACCAUCCUCUGAUGCUCGGAAUCGUCCAGAACUACGUCUUGAAUCCUCUCGUAGCGUUGUACAAUGUUCUCGAUUAUGGUGAAGAUUUGCCAGAUGAUGUGAAAGAUCAGAAAAAGAUGCUUCGAACGUUGGAGCAAGAAGAAUCAGAUUAUAAAGCACGUGCUAAAGUUCUUGAAUCCUCAGUUCGUUCCAUUGAUUUAUUAAUAGAAGUUGUGAAGAAGACAAAGAAUUAUGGGAAAAAAGAUCGAUAUAUCAUCAUGUUGUCAAUCUGA